GCCCACCCCUGGGUGGAGUCAGGCUGUAGCUUUCUAGAGUGGGGUGACUGAAGCUUAGAACAACUGUUAACAGUUUUUUAUUGCUGCACAUUUAUUUUCUUUUAUUUCCCCAGUCAUUUAUCCUGCCAUUUUCUUGCUGCUUGUGGAUCUUAAGAUAGAUGUGUCAAGGUCUGGCUGCUAGAAGGACUAGGAUCCCAAAUCAGCAGCUCUGGGAGAAAGAAGCAGCUACAGCGAAGAAAAGCCUUGGAAAAGAAGCUGGAAAUUAUUCCUGCCACAGGAAUUCAAUGAGAGAGAGAAGUACCAAAAGAGACGAUUUCCCUGCAGUAUCAAACUGAGUCAAAGGUUCUUUUUAGAUUCCAGGACAUUUGGGGACAUCCUUCUCUGAUCCUGCAGCUCAGUGAUGGACAUACUAGCAUUUCUUAAGUCUCAGUUCAUCUGCCACCUUCUUAUAUGUUACGUCUUUGUUGCAACGGGACUGAUUGUAAACUCCAUACAGCUGUGCACCCUUGUGUUGUGGCCAAUAAAUAAGCAGCUGUACAGAAGAAUCAAUUGCAGACUGGCUUACUGCAUUUCAAGCCAGCUGGUGAUGCUCCUGGAGUGGUGGUCAGGAACUGAUUGUACACUUCACACAGACCCAGAGAGCUAUAAAAAGUUUGGGAAGGAGAAUGCGAUUGUAGUUCUCAAUCAUAAUUAUGAGAUAGAUUUUCUAUGUGGCUGGACUUUCUGUGAAAGAUUUGGUGUCUUAGGGAGUUCGAAAGUACUUGCAAAAAAAGAGUUGGCAUAUGUUCCCCUGAUUGGCUGGAUGUGGUAUUUUCUUGAAAUAGUCUUCUGCAACCGAAAAUGGGAGGAGGAUCGAAGAAGUGUAGCAAGAGGAUUGCACAACCUCAGGGAUUAUCCAGAAAACUUUUGGUUUCUAAUUCACUGUGAAGGCACACGUUUCACAGAGAAGAAACACCAGAUCAGCAUGCAGGUCGCAGAAGCCAAAGGCCUGCCAAAACUUAAGUACCACCUACUGCCUAGAACCAAAGGAUUCACUGUCACAGUGCAGUGCUUAAGAAAUGUAGUUGCAGCUGUGUAUGAUUCUACACUGAAUUUCAGGAAUAAUGAAAACCCUACUCUUCUUGGAGUCUUGAAUGGAAAGAAAUACCAUGCAGAUCUGCUUGUUAGACGGAUACCAUUGGAAGAAAUUCCAGAAGAUGAAAAUGAAUGUGGGAACUGGCUUCAUAAACUUUAUCAGGAAAAGGAUGCAUUUCAGGAAGAAUACUUUAAAACAGGAGUAUACCCAGGAACUGCUAUAGUCCCACCAAGAAGGAUAUGGACCCUUGGUCUCUGGUUGUGUUGGUCAACAUUGUUAUCUUAUCCUUUAUUUAAACUCCUUGUUAAUAUGAUCAGUAGUGGCUCGUCACUGACACUGGCUACUUUUGGAAUCAUUAUUAUUGCAGGUGAUUUCCUGGGAAUUUACAGAAGCAGAGCUUCUGUUGGUGUUCGAUGGAUGAUUGGAGUGACAGAAAUAAAUAAAGGGUCCAGCUAUGGGAACAAUGUUGCAAAACAAAAACAUAAUUAAGCCUUCAGAGACUUUUUGAAAUCCAAAGGGAACAAAUCAGUUUUCAGAACUUGGAUUACAUAUCAUUCAUCCAUACAGAGACAUAUUUUGGCUUAAAAACAGUUCAGUGUCUUAAAUCCAUGUUCUGGAUUAUCAAAAAAUAUGCGCUCCAAAAAGUCAUUAUUUAUGGUUAAUUGUUAUUUCUUUAAUUUUAAACAGGCUAUCUCUGGUUCUGUACUAACACAAAAGUCAUUAAAAGAAUAUUUAUGAAGUUUGAAAAAUCAUACAUGCAAAAUGGAUUUCAGUGAAUGGUGCAGAUUUUCUAAACUAGGGCACUGUGCACUGCUUCCAUAUUAAAUGUGAAAACAUUACCAAGGUAAAAAAUGCAAUCAGUUCUUUACUAAGUGGGGGAGUCCUUCUUGUUACAUUUUAUCAGUGUUAACAUUUUCUUCUCGCAGAUUUCUUGGGAGUGCAAGAAUUAACAGUUGUGUAUCCUCUUAUGCAUUAUUACCAGAUAGUGUAAGAUUCGUACUCAUAAGGGAAUGCAGAUACUUACAAUAUUAGCAAGAAGCUUCCUCCUCCAGAGACAAGUGCCAUUUUCCUUCGUUACCUACUAUCCCAAGGUGCAUCAUUCCCUGCAUUUGUGCCAUUAACACUAGUGCGUGUGCCUCGCUGAUAGUUCCCCCAUAAGGGACACUGCAUUUAUUUACAUUAAGAAUUCUUUUUCUGAGGUUAGAUGUACUACAUGCAGAAUGCAGUUGCCAUUUUAUAGCCUGCACAAAAAAGAACUCUCGACAAAUCAGGAGAGAAAUAAUCCAGCUUUGUUCAAGAGUGAUAAUAUGGCGCAUUGUUAUGCCGUUCGGGCCCGAGGCUUGUGAGCACUGCUGAUUUAUUUUUUCUGAUGCAGUAUGUUGUUCUGGUUUCACUGUAACUUAUCCCUAUACUACUGCGUCAUUCUGUUGUGAACAAGAAAAAAUGCGGUGACGCACAUCCUUGAAAGCACAGUUGGUAGCUGAGGUCACAAUGAAAAAAUGACUGCUGAACCUUAAUAAGCUGCAGCCUUGCAUUUUUUAGCCAGUAGAUCUGCUGCCUCCAUCCUGAUGAGUGCACUUUUGAAGAAGAAACUACAGCAUAAAUUACUGUUACUGAUUCUCACAGUUACUCCUUCCUGAAGCAUAAGCAAGUGCCAUGAAGCAAAUCAGAAGCUGCACGGUGAUGUGCUUGUAAGAUGGGGGUAGUAACCCCCACUCCCCAGCUUGGAGUAAAAGUCAGAUGUGAGUACUGUGCUAGUGAAAGUGAACCAGUUGUUCUGGAAAGUAGGCUGCAGUCAUUGCUUUUCAUCCCUUUUCUAAAUAUCAUGGAAGCCAUAUUUUGCCUUUUGCAAAUAAGCAGGCUAUGGACAGAUUCGGGUUACUGUGCCCUUCUGUCAGGUAACACCAAGAUAAAGUACACACAGACCUCACAGUCUCUGUAAGACAUUUUUCAAGCUACAUGGAUACGCAUAAAACAUUUGAAUGAGCAUUUUUCUACUACGUUGACCUUUGAAGUUGUGUAGUGGUCCAUAACUGAUAUUGUUGUGGUGACAGUUAAGACAAUUUGAAGGUCUUUGUUAUAGUUAGAUAGUAAUGGGGGACUGUAUUGAUGAUUUUUUUGUAUUGACUUUGGAUUUUGUUUUAUUCUUUAAAGUUAAGCUGUGUUAAUAAAGAGUUACCACCAUCUGGGAAAUGUAUGUAAACAGUGUCAAAAAUUUAUUUUAGCACUAAGUCAUGCUUGUGACUUAUGAUGGAGCCAAAAAGUGCCACAGGGCUGCUAUGCCUGCUGUAUACCACUGUCUAGCCUAAGCAAAAAUAUAUCAGUCUGUAUACUAAGUGUACAGACUGAAACGAUUUUAAAUUCAUAGAACAAUAUGACGUACAUAAAGUACCAUGUUAACUUCCUGAUAGCUCAGUGUUGUACACCCACUAUGCUCCUAAUCUACUUUGUAUUUUAGCAUGCUGAUGGGGUGUGCAUGUAGGUAAGCACUUACUAGGUCAAAAAUAACAGUUGCCACUGGUUGGCAUAGUAGGUGAGGCACAGCUUCACUGAGUAAUAUAUGCUUUUUCACAAAAUUGCUGAUCUGCUUUAUGGUUGGCUGAGAUGCAUUAUUUUUAUUAGAGUGCAUAGCAAAUUUUGUUUGGAGCAUCACAGUUGGACUGCAGAUUUUUUUUCCUUCUUUGCACAAUACAAUAUACUGUAAUUUGGAAUGGACCUUUUCUGCCACCAUGAUUACAAAGACUGACAGUUCUUUGUCUAUACAAGUGCAACUGGUAAAAAUGACCCCCAUAAAUUAGGCAGUACCUGCAGACCAUGUGACACACAAUUCCAGUUUUACACUGAAAACCUAGAACGCUUUUUGUGUAUUUUGCUGGACUUUGUAGCUUUGGUAAUAGCUGGAUGCAUUCAAAGCAAUUUUGAUAUUUUUUAUCAGUACAACACAAUUAAAAUGUUUCAGUUUAGUAACAAUAAACUUCAUUGCAAUACUA